AUGGGUGCCGGACCCGUUACGCGGGGAGGAGUGAUAUCAACUUCCCAAAAAGGCAAGAUUGAAGCUAUCCUCGGUCCGACUGCGACUCCGGCCUUCGGACAUCGAGACACACCCAAACCGCAGUCUCGUGGCUGGCUCAUCACCGCAGCUUCUGUUGGUUCUCUUGAACUAGGACUAGAAACCAUGGCGACUAGUGUGGAUGCCAAACUGCUGAAGCAGACCAAAUUCCCUCCGGAAUUCAGCCGGAAGGUGGAUAUGACCAAGGUCAACAUCGAGGUGAUGAAGAAAUGGAUUGCUGGAAAGAUCUCCGAGAUUCUGGGAAAUGAAGAUGACGUCGUUAUUGAGCUCUGCUUUAACCUUUUGGAAGGGUCGCGGUUUCCCGAUAUCAAGUCCCUGCAGAUUCAGCUCACCGGAUUCCUGGAUAAAGAUACUGGCAAGUUUUGCAAAGAGCUGUGGUCGCUAUGCUUGAGUGCCCAGGAAAACCCCCAGGGCGUGCCCAAGGAGUUGCUGGAGGCGAAGAAACUGGAACUUAUCCAAGAGAAGCGGAAAGAGCCGCCGAGGAAGCCCGCAAACAGAAGGAACAGGAGCGCGCACGAGAACGAGAACUUGAAGACCUUCGACGCAGAGAACGGUCUGAGCGCACAAGGGGAGGAAGAAGAGGCGGUGGUCGCGGUGGUCGAGACUUUGAUAGGCGUCGGUCGCCUCCGCGACAACGCAGCCGUGACCGUUUUCGAGGUCCGCCUGGCAGACGAGAGUUCGAUUCCUACGUGCCCUCAGGCUCUCGUAGAGGCCGUCGGCCAUCCCGUUCGCCCAGCCGCUCUCGUUCUCGCUCCGUGUCUUCCUCGCGCUCACCCCCACCACGUCGGCGCCAUCCUGGCAACGACCGGAACCGACGACGUCGGUCGAUUAGCGGCUCUGUCUCCCCGGACCGCGGUGAUCGCAGGAGGCCCAGGAGACGCAGCCCUGAUUACGGUGAUCGUGCAAGAUCCAUUACCCGCAGUGAAUCAUCACGCUCACGUAGUCCCAGAAGAGACCGACGGAGACGGAGAUCCGUUUCUUCCCGCAGUGCAUCGCGUUCACCUGUCUACAGGGAUCGACGCAAGAGGAGAGGUUCUUCAGCAUCGAGGUCCCGUUCGAGGUCGCAAGGGUCGGAUGAAAGAAUCCACCGCUGAUAUUGCAAAGGCCCGCAAGUCCCGUGACGACCGCCGUUUGAGUCGCAGCAGAGAUCGCAAUGACACCCGCAGACGCCGGUACUCGUCCCAGAGUGUUAGCCGCAGCCGCAGUCGAGAUCGCUCCCGCAGCGCCAGCCAGGACUCCCGCAGUCGGAGUCGCAGCCGCAGCCACAGCCGCAUGAGAGAUAGGAAGCGGCGUCGGUCCAUUGAGAGAUAUGCCCCAGUUGCGCGGAGACGGCGCAACACGUCCUCCGUAUCCGUCCCCAGUGAUAAACGAAAGAGGAUGGCUGAUGAAGACGAGGAUGCCGCCAAACGAUCACCACCGCAGGCUGAGAAGCCGAGCUCGAGCGACCAAGAGAUGAAGGAUGCCACUGAGACUGCUGCUCCCUCCAAUAACCCAGCUCGUGUACGCAUCUCCAGCUCCGAACUACGCGAGAAGCUGCUCCGCGAGAAGAUCAUCGCGAUGCGCCGGACCGCCUCGAGCGACAAGGUAGGUAGCUCUGCAUCUUCAAGGUAG